ACAGUUUUAUCUAUGCUGUUCAGUCGGGUGAUUGCCAGCUGCCACUGUGUGCAUAUAACUCAUGAAUCGCGUUCUGUUUCGUCCUCUACGCGUCGUGCUUACACGAAACAAAGGCGUAGAAAUGUCUCGACAGGCAUCCAGCUAUCUUAUUGACGACCCGAAAUACUCCUUUUUAAAGGACUUGGGUCUGGAAAAAACCAACACUGGAGUGUUCAACGGCAAAUGGCAGGCUAAUGGACAAAUAAUACCGUCGUUGAGCCCCGCGAGUGGAAAAGUAAUAGCGGAGGUUCAAAGCGGGUCGCCGUCGGACUACGAGUCUUGCGCGAAGGCAGCCCAAGAUGCCUGGCACAUGUGGGGAGAGAUGCCACCACCAGCUCGCGGGGAAAUCGUGAGGCAAAUUGGUGAUGCUCUCAGGGAGAAGCUACAGCCCCUUGGACAAUUAGUGUCCUUGGAAAUGGGCAAGAUAUUGCCCGAGGCGAUCGGCGAGGUAGUUGAAUACAUCCACGUGUGUGAUCUUGCUUUGGGCCUCUCCCGCACGCUGCCGGGAACUAUUUUCCCUUCAGAGCGACCGGGCCACGUGCUCAUUGAGAAGUGGAAUCCUUUAGGGCUUAUUGGAAUUAUCACAGCGUUCAAUUUUCCCGUUGCUGUCUUCGGAUGGAAUAGUGCUAUUGCUAUGGUAUGCGGAGAUGUAAGUGUAUGGAAGCCAUCAGAAACUACGCCGCUAGUUGCCGUGGCUGUCACCAAGAUAGUCGAGAGCGUUUUGGCUAAGAACAACGUUCCAGGCGCUAUUGCCUCGCUCUGCGUGGGCGGCAAGGAUGUCGGACAGCAGAUCGUGCAAGAUCCCAGAGUCAAACUGGUCUCCUUUACUGGUAGCACAGCUGUGGGACAACAGGUGGGCCUAGAGGUACAGAGACGUUUCGGGCGCCACCUGCUGGAGCUGGGCGGAAACAACGCCAUCGUCGUCAACGAGGAUGCUAAUCUGGAGCUCUUGCUGAACGCGGCUAUAUUCGCGUGCGCGGGCACAGCUGGGCAACGCUGCACAACCACCAGAAGAUUACUCAUACAUACCAAAGUAUACAAGGAAGUGGUCUUCCGUUUAACGAAGGCUUUCGGAGGACUUUUAACUAGAAUUGGUGACCCACUGCUAGCGGACACGCUGAUUGGCCCCCUACAUACUCUCGCCGCGCUUGAAGCGUACAAGAAGACCGUUGCUGAAAUUGUCAAACAAGGCGGGAAAAUCGAAUUUGGUGGAAAGGUUAUAGAACGCGAGGGUUACUUUGUGGAGCCGACCAUCGUUACCGGGCUGGCCCACGACUCGCCGUUUGUGAAGACAGAAUGUUUUGCGCCCAUCGUCUACUGCAUUGAGAUCCCAGACCUGGACACCGGCAUCCAGUACAACAACGAGGUCGAGCAGGGACUCUCUUCGAGUCUCUUCACGGAGAACUUGGCCAGUAUAUUUAAGUGGAUGGGCCCCCAUGGCUCGGACUGCGGUAUCGUCAAUGUGAACAUCCCCACUAAUGGCGCCGAGGUCGGGGGCGCCUUCGGGGGAGAGAAGGCGACGGGAGGAGGCCGCGAGUGCGGCUCCGACGCUUGGAAGAGUUACAUGCGAAGAUCUACAGUCACGAUCAACUACUCCUCCACUAUCACCCUUGCACAGAAUAUUAAAUUUGGAGAUGAAUAAUUUAUAAACAAAUAUCCAUCUGGUAACACUAAACAAAGUACUGUCAAUGUUCACAAAACUUUAAGAAAAAAUAUUAUAAUUUAAAUAUACCAAAAUUUACAAGUCUGAUAGCUCUAAAAAAAGAAUGACAACAAGAUUUGUGAUAGAUAUUCUUUCUUUUUAAGAAUCCUUCUGACAAAAAAAAUAUCCAUAUAUAAUACCUGCUUAUAAGACUUCAAUAAUGAAUUUACUAUUUAUAAGACUGAUAAUUGAAUUUGAAAUUAAAAAUAACAUUAUCAAUAAAUUAUACUUUUUCA